UUCGAAUAGUUAUUAUAAAUCUAAAUUUGCAAUGAGGUCGUUAUUCACAUUAUUGCGAAUAUUUUUGUUAUUGCAAACCGGACAUGCCCACAUGCCUACUGUCUACGAAUUUUGCUCACAUGUUGUAGAACAGAGGGGAGUACACUUGCCAUCCUGCGAUGCUGCUGUGUGUAAGGGCAGACCUGGUAAAAUGGGGCCUAACGGACCAAAGGGGGACACUGGAUCAAAAGGAGAAAAGGGCGAUGCAUGUAACCCCACACCAUGCGAAAGACAACUUGCAUCCAUGGCCCUUCACUGUUCGCUGGGAAUAAAAUUUCAUGAUGUACAAGAUUAUGCAAUGACAGCGUCCAGUGACGGAAAGUUGCACCGAGCAUAUUUUGGAAGACUAGAUGCACAGCCAAACGCCCAUUCCUAUGGUUCAUGGUGUGCCAUGGAUAAUGCUGGUCCUGGUUGGAUUCAGGUAGACUUGGGAAAGCCAAAGUUUGUAGCAGGAAUAAUGACUCAAGGACGUCCGUAUUCUAAUGAUUGGGUUACUUCAUUUGAAGUUGCUUGUGGCUCUAGCCAACAACAGUUAACGACAAUUGCUGAAAAUGGGAUAAACAAGGUAUUUUUAGGUAACAGUGAUGCAAACACAAAAAUUUCUAACAUGUUUCCGACAUCUUUAUCCUGCCGAUAUGUCAGAAUUUUCCCCAAAACUUGGAAUAAUAAAAGUUGCAUGAGAAUCGAGUUGAUUACUGGAAACUGCCACGGUAGGAAAUCAUAUCGGUUUCAAAUCAAAUCAGCAGGCUAUGAUGACGGCAAUACGUACGAGCUACGUGUGAAUGGGAUUGACGUUAACAAAAUCAAUUAUAACAGAGGACAUAAUAUUCUUGUUAUAAAUUCUCGAACCCUUACUUCAGAAACUCGCGCAUUUGACACUUACGAAUCAACGAAAGCAGUAAAGAACAUGAUUUCAUGCCUAAAAGAAGUACCUUAUGGAUCUCUGAUUGCCAUGGCCGUCAGGGAUGCAACAACGUCUAGUAGAAUGGACGAUGCGGAUAAAGCUUUCAUGUCUUCUCUUGGUGCCGGUGGAGAGGAUUGUCCAAUAGAAAUAGCCCCCCGAGACUCGUGGGCUUUUCUUACACAAAAAGUGAUGCCCGGAACUAAAUUCCCUGAAUGGAAAAACUGCUCACAUACUCCAAGACACGAAGGAAUCGCUGAAAUAAAGUCAAGCGUUAUUUUAGAGCGAUUUGCUGGACUGGAGCACAUUGACACCACAUGAAAUAGUAAAUUACGAGACCCAUCAGAAACAAAACAGAAACUUAUAUUGAUGGAAUAUUGAAUACUCUCUUGACAGACAAACUCUCAAAUUUUAGUUUACAUUCGAAAAUCUCAUCACAAUUCAGAAUAAAAUACCGGAUAGUUUACUUAAUUGCUUCCGACCUAGAAUUACUAUUCCAAUGUUUGCAUAACUUUCAUGGUCUGUUACUUGUGCUGUUUUCACGUGUCGAUUUGUCAUUUUCAAUAAAUAA